CUCUCUCUCUCUCUCUCUCUCUCUCUCUCAGAAUUAGGCAGACGAUGAGCGUCUAUGGUACUUGCUUGACUCAUCGAGGCUGAUACACAGUCCUAGACAAAUAGACAAAUACCCUCAUAGCGUCGUCGCACCUGGAUUGACUGACUGAUUGACUGUCUCUCUCUGUGUCUUCUCACUCUUCCAGCUCCAGCUUCAGCUUCAGAACAGCAGUAGAGAGAAGCGCACUGCUUGUCCCGGGCAUGCCGAAGAAAAGGAACAACAUCAAGUCCUUCAAGCCAGUCUCAACGGCUUCUCCGACUGCGUCAACAUCGACGAACAAUUCUGCAGACAGGCCCUCCCGAAGCGUCAAUGAGUUGCUAGCAAACCUGCGUCGUACCUCGAUCAGCCCCUCCUCCACCUCGCAGUCAGCCCUGCCUGUUGCUGCUCCCAGUGUACCCCCGGCCAUCAGGGAGAUCCUCCAGAUCCCAGACACGCCGGCCCCUGCUCCUCGCCGUCUUGCACGUCAGAGAUUCGAUGGCAAUGGCAGGAGACUCCCUGCUGGCCCUCCUCCCCCCAGGAGUUGGGUCGCCCGUAAUUCAUCGGAUGCUGCUCAUGAGGCCUCCUCCAUGAGCCAGUCGCGCUUGAAGUCAAGAGGAUUGGAAAACACUUGCUUGCCGGGCACUUAUCUCCCGGAUCGUGGGAGUCUGAUAGACAUCGUGCUGCAGAAACUCGCAUACGAGUGGGCUUUCCACAGAGUGUACAAUCAGUACCAUCUGUACUUUGUGCCCAACCAUCUGAAGGCGGCUCUCAUCCGCUAUGUUGGAAUCGCCAGUGAAGCCGGGCUGUCUUUGAGUGAUUUGAAGCUCAUUCUGUUGCCGCCGCCAGAUACUUUUGACGAGACCGAGUUGAAUAGUUUAUCGGCUUCGAAUCCUGAAGUAAACUACCUUGAUCUUUCGGGCUCCGCAUGCCGGUCAAUUAAACUGAAAGAGAUCAGUGACUUGUUAUUCCCUGCCAGAGAAGAUCAACCCACGACAGAACUACAGGAAUCCUGGGACGCUUCCGACAGUAAUCCAAGCCCUCCCCGAAGUUUGCUGCCCAACCUCACCCACCUUUCGCUCGCCUUGCAUCCCGGACAUGCCUCAUCGGCAUCAUGGAAGCAGCUGCUUUCCCUGUCUCCUAAGCUUACCACGCUCACGCAUUUGAGUCUGGCCUACUGGCCCGAACCAUGCUUAACACCGAGGUCUCGCCUGGCCACCGUGUCGAGCCCGCAAGGUCGUUAUGCCUAUGGCGGGACGAACCUUUACUCACAUUCGCUUGAUCACGAUUGGAGUGAGGCUUUACUUGUAUUGCGCAUGCUGAGUAAGAACCUCUAUGCGCUCGAGUUUCUUGACCUCACAGGUUGCUGCCCUUGGUUCCCUGCACUGAUGGCCGAAACUGGGCAUGAUUUUGUCAACUGGGCCGAUCAUUGGGGCAAGAUCACUGAGCUUCGGCUCUAUACAGGGUGGACUCCUGGCCCUGACGCAAUUUCAUCUGAGAGGUUGCGUUAUCGAGAGGGAGUUCAAACGGCUAAGGAUGUCGAAAGGCACAUUAGAACCAUGAGAGCAGGCAAGGGAAGAUUCAUUGUCGUAGAACGCGACAGCUUAGAUGAUAUAUAGACAUGAAACUCAUAAAAAGAUGCGAAUUGUCUCCCAGCAUUUGUCCGUCAGUGAAUUAUUUUCCAGAUCGAUGUCCGCUUGCCCAGAGAGCUUUGAACUUGACGCCUGAUGCAAGGAGACUCUUUGGUUUACCGAGCUCGACGACGCACCCCUUGUCCAUCACAACAACGCGGUCAAAAUCGAUGAUCGUAUCCAGACGGUGGGUGAUAAACACGACGGUGUGGUCCUUGAACUCGCUCUCGAUGACGGCCUUGAUGGUCUCUUCGGUCUUUUGGUCCACACUAUGGCUCUGUUAGUUCCUUUAGCUCGUAGUUGCAUCGUUUGCUCGACUUACCUGCUCGUUGCUUCAUCCAAAAGCACGAUUUUCCCGUCGUUCUUCCUCAGCACUGCCCGUGCUAGGAAGAAGAGCUGCUUCUGCCCAUGGCUCAACGUGUCUUGAUCAAACGAAGCAUCCAAGCCCCCAUGUCGUUCGAUCGAAUCAUAUAGUUCAACGAGACGAAGUGCGUCUUUGAUUUCCACGUCGGAGUAGAGACCAAGCGGGUCAACGUUGUGUCGAACCGUGCCGGGGAAUACGAACUGGUCUUGCGUCAGAGUGAUGAGACGGCCACGGAUCGUUUCUCGAGGAACGGAAGAUAGAGAGAUCCCAUCGAUAACGGUGCUGCCAGACGUAGACUCUAGUAGUCUCAGAAGAGCAAGAAAUAUAGAUGAUUUUCCACUGGGAGCAAAAGACGGUUAGAGCGAGAGAGGUAUUGGGGUGAAAAUACUGACCUUCCUGUGCGACCGCAAAUACCUACCUUCUCACCUCCUCUGAUCUCCAAACUGAUUGCAUCAAGAGCUUUAAUAGCUUCCCCGCCUCCGUCACCGUACGAUGCAGUCAAGUUGUUGAUCUGUAUAGCUCCUUUGUCAGGCCACUGGGCUGGGGGCUGGUGUGUCUCUCCCGGUAAGUUCUCCUCGCCAGUCUCUUCAGCGAAUUGCUUGAUGCGAGCUACAGCGCCAAUGGAUGUCUCGAUAGAAGUCCAGAACUGAAUAAGCAGGUUCACGGUCUCGCUUAACGAGAUUAGCUGCACGAGAGAUACACCCGCUAAACCUACAUCGACUUGCCCACGAAGACGAACCGCGAGACUAACAAGAAGGAGAGCCAGGGCCGCGGUGGUCAGAUCGAGGACGAGGACGAGCCAACGCUGGACGAUCAUUAGGAGAUAGAAGGUCCUUUGUGAGCGAUCUACGAGACUGUGGUUGGCCUGAAUAACUGCAUCUCUCCAUCCGAAGGCUCGUAUGGUUGCUAAACCGGAGAGUGUUUAGGAAUUGGGUAUAUAGAGGGGCCUUCUCCUCAAGAUCGAGCAGACGGAGCUGGCGAGAGGUACGGAGAUAACUACGCUGAAGAUAGAAGUAGACAGCUCCUAUCAGAGGGAAUGCAGCUGCUAUAUAGGGGUUUGAAGAGGCGAGGAGGCCGGCUUUUGCGAUGGCACCGAAGAAACCUAUCUUAUUAGUAUAUUAAUCCCUUGGUGAGCCGGGAUCUUGGCUUACUAGCGAGAGUCACAACGAGACCAAGAGGGAGGUGGUUGUCCACCAUUCCUAUAUCCUGCGAGAACCUCCAUUUGUUAGCGUUCGAUACCACUUCUGCUACAUCGGCUUACCGUGUCGUGAUUGAC